UUUUAAGGAAGCGCUUCGAUAUCAAGAAAAAAAAGGUAGUGCGGGCCUGGCAUUACAAAUGUGCAAAUGUAGAAAUGUGCCAUUAAGAUCACCAAGAACUAGUCCGAAGAUGAAACGUCGUUUGACAACGGUUAGGGAAGAGCCCAGAUCCCCAAGAAGCCUUUGUAAUAGUGACUUAGCUAUCUAUACUAUGGUUGUUUCAACGGCUGUGUUGAGUUAUGUGAACAGUUUAAACGGUGACUUCGUACACGAUGACAUACCAGCUAUUGUGACGAAUGGGGAUGUUGUGGGUACGAACAGUUUGAAACAGUUGUUCCUGAAUGAUUUCUGGGGGACCCCAAUGGCUGAUCCUAAUAGCCACAAGUCUUAUCGACCUCUCACGACAUUGUCUUUUAGACUAAACUACGCUCUGGCGGGGUUAAGGCCGUGGUGGUGGCAUGCUUGUAACGUGUCUCUCCACGCCGCGUGCUGCGCACUCGUUGCUCGUGCGUGUGUCACCAUAGCACGAUUGCAACGGCCAUUUGCUGCAUUAGCUGCGUUGCUAUUCGCAGUUCAUCCUGUACACACUGAGGCGGUAGCCGGCGUGGUUGGCCGAGCGGAUGUGCUGGCAUGUAUUUUCUUCCUAUCAUCGCUGUUAGUUUACCAUAGGCCUACGAGCAAUAAGAAGUGCGUCUGGCUCAGCGUCGUCCUCGGAGCUCUCAGUAUGCUGGCCAAGGAAACUGGAGUCACAAUAUUAUUGCUCAAUCUAGCGAUUGACUUUUAUAGAUGCUGGCCACUUGUAAAGCGGUCACUAUGUUCAUUGAAGAUUGAAAAGAAAUGCACGGGGUUGUCAGUGAGGACGACCAAGGUUCUGGUGUCUUUAUCAUUACUAAUAUGCCUUCGACUCGCGCUGCUACAAGGAACCUGGCCUACAUUCUCACCACAGGACAACCCUGCUGCCUUCCACCCCAGUUUCUUCGUCAGAUUGAUGACGUUUUGCUAUUUGGCUGCUUUUAACUGGUGGCUCCUCAUCUGCCCCUGGACCCUUAGUCACGAUUGGCAAAUGGGUUCAGUGCCUCUUAUCACCAGUGGUUGGGAUCCGAGGAACUUUAUCACGUGUGCUGCCUUCGGUGCCUUGAUGCUUUUGUGCUAUAGGUGUAUUACUGAUUUGGAGGUACAAAGGCACACGCCCGCUGUGAUUGGUUUGUUACUGCUGGUUGUACCCUUCGUGCCAGCCAGCAAUUUACUCGUCACCGUUGGAUUUGUCAUCGCUGAACGAGUUUUGUACAUACCGAGUGUCGGAAGCGUGAUAAUAACUGCAUAUGGAGUUCAAUUGAUGUGGUACUCGAAGCCUGGAACAAAAGCUGUCCUAGUAGUUGGACUAGCAGUUCUGGCUGCCAGUGGAGUUGCUAGAACACACAGGAGAAACGCCGACUGGCGUGAUCGAGCGACAUUAUUAAGAGCGGAUUUAGUGAGUUUACCUCAAAACGCCAAACUGCACUACAACUUUGGAAACUUUCUCCGCGAGACCGAACAGCAAGACAACGCUAUCAAACAUUACAAAGAAGCUUUGAGGUUAUGGCCGACAUACGCCAGCGCUCACAAUAACAUCGGCACUCUUAUCAGCGCUGACAGCGCUGAACAGCACUUCUUGAAAGCUAUUAAAUACAACAGACACCACGUAAACGCGCAUUACAACCUUGGAAAGCUAUACAAAAAAAACGGUCGUAUCAUUCAAGCAAUAAAAAUGCUGGAACGAUGUAUAGUCCUUCAACCGCGGUUCGUUCAAGCGCACGUGGAACUUUUAUCUCUGAAACCGGAAUCUGAGAAACCGAAAAUUUUGACGAGGUUGUUGGAAUUGGAGCCGAAUAAUUGGGAACAUUACGUGCUCUAUGGAAACUGGUUGAGGACAAAAGGCUUACCUGGAGCUGCUGCCAAAUAUUUUCUCGAAGCAACAAGACUCAGCUUUCGAAAUCGAAAUAUGGAGAAACCAAUCAGAGGGGAUUUGAUCUCGUUUAGAUCCACGGCUCUUAUGUAUAGGAGCCUAGGUCAAAAGUCUAGAACAUUACAACUCUUAACUAGAUGGCAUACGUGGCGGCGCGGUUGGCCGAGUGCGGCGGCUGCGCACACAUAUCUACGCGACUGGCGCCUCCGCCUCGAACUGGAGGGACGUGCGCUGGUCUACUCCAAGGCCGUCAACCCAACGAAAUCAACAACGUGCUUCGAUCAUUCUCAGCUAGCAGCAGGAGCUGAUAACACAGAAGUAGAUGCAAUAGCAAGAGACGAAGAAAUAGUUAAAAGUGACGAAAUAAUUAAAAGUGAAAAAAGAGACGCUGAAGAUAGUGUAAUAGUUGACAGUAACACUUGCGAUCAUAAAACGUGUGCGAUUAAAAAACGCAAUCUAUCAAUAUCAACGCAAAUUAAGACAACUCACAAUAAAUCAGAAAUUGGACUCAAACAAAAAAAGUGUACAAUGCAUAGAAAACAAAAAACCGUCAAAAAUAAUGAUGUGAUACCGAAUAUAGCGGCACCGCUUGCCGAGCACAUUUUGAUGAAGACCUUUUAAAUUAAGAACGCUUUUCUAGAAAUUUCGAGGAAAAAAAUGUGUGCUUGCAAGUGAUUUGAAUAAGUCAGUGAGGUUAGUUGUAAAAUAUGCCGACAAUAUCGCGAGGUUAAUACGUAGUUAAGUAAUGAUUUUGAAAUGAGAAAUUUAAAAAAGUUAGCUAAGGUAGGUCUUUAAAUUAUUUGUUUGUACCUUAAACGAUUAAGAAGGUAAUACAAAUUUAUUUUCAUGGUAAAAUAUUUAAAAUUUCUCAUAUCGAAAUUCUUAGAUAGGAAACUAAUUCUAAAGACAAUUUUGUAGAAAAAUAAAAAAGUUAUAUUUUUGUCAGUGAAGGAUGGUUGACUGUGUAGGGUGUUGACGCACCGAUGUUUUUACGCUAGAUUUAGGUAUUUAUGGUAAGUUAAUUUAACAUAAAGCUUUCUGUUAUGAUGUUUGAGUACACAAAUAUUGAAAACGAGACUUCGUUUGAAACAAAAUGUAUAACUGUAUUACCUCUUUAGUUUGAUGUACGAAUAGUAUAUAUAUACCUUUAUUAGAGAAAUUGUAGUCGAAUUUCAUCCUUGUUUUUGAUAUAUUUUUGUAAUAUCAUAAACUUUUUUUCGUAAUCUGGAUAUUUCUGGAUGGGUGUCUGGUAUGUGGUGUAUGGAUGUAUAGUAUCAUAUUUUUUCAUUAAUUAUUGCGGAAUUGAUUGCAAAAGGUUUAUAAUGAUUAUAAUGAUGAUAAUUUUUUGA